AAAUUCUAUAUCUCCCGCUCUUCUCAAAAUUCACAAUGGAAAACCCUUGUCUGCAUCGCCCACCCCAAUCGGUAUUCUCUCUCCGCUCGAUUCCUAUCCACAUCCCUUUUCCGGUGGUCGUCUCCUCCGAUUACUCCCCAAUCUUAGUGUUGAGAGUUCAAGGGUGUAGCCAGUUCUGUCGACAAAGAGACGAUGGUGUUCUUCUAUCGAAAUCGGUCAACCACCGGUGAUGGAAACCCGUGUAACUGCAAUGAGGUGUCUCGAAGUGGUUCAUGGCGGCGCUUAGGGUUCGGACGACUCUCUUUGUUCUCCGGUCAAGACACCCGGUGGAACUGAACCCUAACAGUGGUGUGUAGAUUUAGGUGAUUAGCUCUCUUUGUUGGCACUCGGCAUGAAUGUUGUUCUUUCUCGGAAGAUACCAAAUUCAGUUCGUGGCAUCAAUGAUGCAUGUAGAUACUUUCUGAUAGAGAGCGGUAUUGCACUCUUUGUAGCCUUUUUGAUCAAUGUCUCAAUGAUUUCUGUUUCUCGCACUGUCUGCUCAGCCAAAAAACUACCAAGUGAGGAGAUGGAUCGUUGCAGUGAUCUGAACCUUAACUCAGCUUCCUUUCUUCUUAAAAAUGUUUUGGGGAAGUCUAGCUCCACUCUUUAUGGAAUAGCGCUAUUAGCUUCCGGCCAGAGUUCCACAAUCACAGGUACUUAUGCGGGUCAAUUUAUUAUGCAGGGUUUCUUGGACUUAAAAAUGAAGAAGUGGCUCAGGAAUUUAAUGACAAGGUGCAUUGCCAUCACACCAAGUCUAAUUGUGUCAAUAAUUGGUGGGUCAGCUGGAGCUCGAAGACUUAAUUGUCAUAGCAUUAGUUUGUACUUCAAUCUUAGGCUAUUUAUACACAUCUCAAUGUAUCUUGGAAACUAGUUUUCAAUAUGGAUAAUUCACAGAUGAUACUGUCAUUCGAGCUUC